AUGGCCAAUAAAAAAAAUAUGGUAAAGCGUAAGCGAUCAACUAAAAGUAUGGGUUCCAAGACUCUUGCACAAAGACGAUUAAAAAAACCGAGAGAUGAUGUUGUGGACAGAGAUCUUGAAGAAUCUUCGCUGCAAAUUCAAUUCAACAAUGUUGAUCAAAAUUCGAGCAGUACAACUUGCCUAGAUGAAACGUUCUGGCCUUUAUCAGAUGACUCACUCACUCCAUCACAUACACAUGCGUUAUGUACAGAAAUCAAUGAUAAUAAUGCCAAUCUUGAUUUGAAAGGUCCUCUAGUUGGUCGACGAAUUGUAGAUAUUGCAUUUCUCAUCAAACAAAUACAAGUAAGGCAUAAAGGUCCAUUUGGAUGCUCAUUUAUUGACAUGGAAUUUCAAUCAGAAGUGAUAUAUGGCUUUUAUUCGAUAUUUGUUUUUAAAUGUAAAGUAUGUUGUAUUGAAUCUAAAUUAUACUCGGAAAAUAUUCAACAAAAUCAGUACAUGUUAGUUAAUAAAGCUGUAGUAAAUGCAUGUCAGUCCAUAGGGAUUGGGCACACUCAACUCACGGAGUUUGCCGCAUUUAUUGAUGUUCCGUCAUUAUCGUGUAGUGGGUAUGUACAAAUACAAUCAAACGCAGCCAUAGCUGUAAACGAAGUAGCAUGGGAUGAAAUUAAAAAAGCUGGAGAAGAAGAACGCAAACUUGCCAUACAAUAUGGUGAUAUUGAUAUUGACGGUGUACCGAUGAUUACAGUGGUAGCUGAUGGACAAUGGUCGAAACGCAGCUAUAAAACCAAAUAUGACGCGUUAUCUGGAGUAGCUACAAUAAUUGGAUAUAGGACGAAAAAAGUACUGUUCAUUGGGAUUCGCAAUAAGUAUUGUGUGAUAUGUCAGAGAUCUGAGUCAAAAAACGAAAACAGUGUAAAUCAACAUGAAUAUUUUUUAAAUUGGACCAAAGCAUCUACUAGUAUGGAGGCUGAUGGUAUAGUAGAAGGUUUUUUGAAAAGUGUGGAAAUGCAUAGACUAAAAUAUAAUCGGCUUAUUGGUGACGGAGAUAGCAGUGUAACCAAAAGACUUCACGAAAUUUCACCAUACGGCCGCCAUUUUCACAUUAAAAAAAUUGAAUGUCGGAAUCACCUGAUGCGUAAUUAUUGUUCAAAACUGACCGCGUUAUCUAAAAUAACUAAAUAUUCAUUGCGAGUUCGUAAAUAUUUAUUGAGCAAUAUACAGCGAUUUAGGAGUGAUGUCACAAAAUCUGUAAAACAUUGGAGAAAUACUAAUGAUACAAACAAAGCUCAAAAAAUAAAAGGAAUUCAAAAAGAUUUGGCUAAUGCUCCAUUCCAUCGAUUAGGACAACAUACAAAUUGCGUUUCCUAUUUUUGUAAUGGUUCUAAUCUACAGAAUACAUUAAACUUAGUUCCUGAAGCAGAAAAAAAUGGAAUCAUGAGUGAAAUCCAAAAUAUAAUGUCCAGAUUAAUUACAAACGCCGAAAGUUUACUCGAAAAUAAAAACAAUAAUAUUUGUGAACAAUUUAAUUCUAUUAUAAACAAACAUACUGGUGGCAAGAGAGUUAACUUUUCUGGAAGAAGAAGCUACAAUACAAGGGUUGAAGCUGCCGUGAUAGAUUUCAACUCAAAAAACUUUUUACGACUUAUACAUAAAAAACAUUCUAAUGGCUUUAGUCCUGGAACAUUUGGGAAAAAGUUUAUCAACAACUGUCAUAGGAUAAGAUCAAACACAAUAAAAAGACGGCAGUUAUUUCCAGAAACAAGAAAAGUACCAAAAAUUAAGACAAGUGGACCGGAUGCUGAUUAUGGUAUGGCUGAACCACUAUUAGAAACACUAUCACCAGAACAAAUGGAAAUUAAAAAAAUAGACUUUCUUGCUUCGUUACAAAGAGCUAAUAUUGAACAAAUAGAAAUAGAUACCAGAGAACAAAGUGAGUGUGAUAAAUGGUUUCAAGAGCGAAGAAUACGUCUUACUGCAUCUCGGUUUGGUCAUAUCUGCAAAAUGCGAAAGACCACUAGUUGUAAAAAUUCAGUGUAUGAUAUACUUUAUGGGUCAGAUAUUCAUUCCAAAGCUAUUCAGUAUGGAAAAGACAUGGAAGUUGUUGCAAGAAAAAAAGCUGAACGUUUUUUAUCUAAGACAAUAUAUGCAUGUGGUUUAUUUGUGGAUAAAGAAAUAGGAUAUUUAGCAGCUAGCCCAGAUGGGAUGAUAGAAGAUACCGCAAUAGUAGAAAUUAAAUGUCCAUUUGUAGCUAGAGAUACUAUUAGCGUAGUUGAAGCUGUACACAAAAAACUUCUUUAUAUAACUAAAAGAACCAAGUGUUAUUUUGUUGUAUACGCUGAAAAAUGGCUACAUGUACAAGAAAUAUUUUAUGAUCAUUCUUUUUGGAAAUCAAAAAUGGAGGAAAAGUUAAAAACAUACUAUAUGAAAUGUCUGUUACCAGAAAUAAUAGACCCGUUGUAUCCAAAACGGUUGCUUAAAUCCGAUAUCAGGGAACCAGAUUAUAUAUGUAAAAACAUUAACCAAAAUAAAAAAUAA